AUGUUUGCUCGGAUUGGGCCAGCCUGUAGAAUCUCCUUCUCCACGGAACGCUCUCCUGCCCAGGUUGUCUGGAGCCAGUGCACACGCCUCACCUCCGGCACUCUUGUUGCCCUUUCACCCAGCCACGACAAUUUCAAGACUCAGUGUUACGUCGCUGUCGUUGCCGCACGGUACCUCAUCGGAGGCCUCGAGCCCAAUCCGGAUGACGGAGAGAAUGAAAAUACACCUCCCCGAAUCGAAAUAUUCUGGUCCAACUGCCAGGACUCCAUCCUCGAUCCCUCUGUCGAACUAGUCAUGCUUGAGGCGAAGGGUGGUUAUUUCGAGAAUGUUCGUCACGUAAUGGUUGGGCUCCAACAUGCUGCACUGUUUGAAUCCAAGUUCGACAAGUACAUCAUCGAUGGGCACGCCCGUGAUCCCAAGGCCGCGUACCUUCAGGACGCCCCAGGUCAAACUGUUGUAGUUUCAGAGGGCGCCGACUCGUUCGAUCCAUCCCAACUCAAGGCGUUCAAGCGCAUGACGUCUCGUGAGCUGGCCGUCGUCCAAGGCCCCCCUGGCACCGGCAAGACUUUUACAUCCGUCGUUGCCCUAGAGAGUCAUGUUCGCACACUGCAGGAAAUCUAUGGAAAGAAAAAGUCAUUCCCUCCAGUGUUGGUUGCUGCCCAGACCAACCAUGCGCUCGACCAGCUCCUCACUCGAUGUGAAUCUGACUUUGGCGCCGUCCUUUGCCGUCUCGGUGGUCGUACUGAGGACAAACAGAUCGAGCCCCGCACCUUGUUCAACAUCAGAAAGCAUUCCAGUUUUUCGCGUGGGCAUACCAAGGGAGAAGGUUCCCGGAAGAAAAUCCUCCGCAAGAUCGACCACACCUUGUCCACCUGUUUCCCAUCCAACUUGAUCUCUGCUGAGGAGUUCUUUCAAGCAGAACUCAUCACGAAAGAACAGUUCGACUCUCUUGACGACGAUGAGUGGGAGUGCGCACCCUUGGUGAACGAGAACAACGGAGAGGUCUCUUCCAGCUCCAUGGUGCAAUGGCUUGAUGGAUACAUCGAAUCGGACCAGACCUAUGUUUACCGCCCCCCUAGCGGUCAAGCUGCACCUCCCACCAUGGAUGAUGACCCCACUGAAGCUGAAGACCUAGAGGAGGACGAGAGAGAACGACUUCAGGGCCAGUUUUUUUCAACUCAGUUCAGUGUCACGGGUACUGUCACAGGCGCCAACUCAGGAGAAGCUGCUUGGUUUUACAGGGCUUCCAAACUCUUGGCCAUGCACCAAAACUUGUACAACAUCAAGCCGGCGCAACGUGGGAUGGUCUACCGAUAUCUCCGGAAACGACUUGUUAACCAGGUUGCCGAGAAGUUUCCCACGUUUCUCAGAGAGUACAAGGCAGCGUGCGACGAAAUCAAGAUUGACAACUGGGAACAGAGUGCCAGAGUCAUUCGCCACGAACGCAUCGAGAUUCUGGGUUGCACAACGACAGGAUUAACCAAGUUUCAUGGGCUCAUCGCUGCGUUGAAGCCUCGCAUCUUGAUGAUUGAAGAGGCGGCUGAGACCAGAGAAGCAAACAUCACAUCGGCGAUGUAUCCAUCUCUGGAUCAGAUAGUACUUGUGGGCGAUCACCAACAACUGGUUCCACACGUUGAUGUUCGCGAGCUGGGCCAAGAACCGUACAACAUGGACGUUUCCCUGUUUCAACGACUGGUCCAACUCGAGCUUCCAUUCUCGAUGCUACGCGUGCAGCGUCGAAUGAUUCCCGCCAUUCGAGAAGUGGUCAAUACCUUCUAUCCAAAACUGGAGGAUCACCACUCUGUCACCGAUCUCUCUGUUCGACCACCAGUUCCAGGCAUGGGUGGGCGAAAUCUCUUCUGGUUUCAUCACCCGUGGUCCGAGGCGCAGAACCCUGACGACUUUUCCUUCUCGAACCCCAGAGAGGCCGACAUGAUGGUUCGGUUUGUGAGAUACUUGGUGAUGAACGACAUGCCGCCAUCUGCCAUCACCCUCCUGACUUACUACAAGAGUCAAGUCAACCUGCUUCUCGAAAAGCUCCGACGAGAUCAGGUCCUCUUCAACCUCCAUCCCACCAGGGAGUGGUCCGUCCGAACAGUUGACGGGUUCCAAGGCGAAGAAAACGACAUCAUUCUACUCUCUCUGGUUCGAAGUGACAGACCCGGUUUCGUUGACAAUGAAAGCCGAGCAGUGGUUGCGCUGAGUCGAGCAAGGCGCGGCAUGUACAUCUUCGGCAACGUCUACAAUGUUUUGAAGAGAACCGAGACGAGCCGCAAGACCUGGUCCAAGGUGUAUGAUGUCUUCGUUGACAACGAGUGCGUCAACGGCUUUCUCCCAGUCACUUGCAAGAAGCAUGGCAGAGUGACCAGGAUCGGAGAGGUUGAUACAUGGGAUACCAUUCCCGGAGGUGGCUGCAACCAGAAGUGUGACGAGAAAUGCCCCAACGGUCAUGCCUGUCAGACGACCUGCCACCCAUGCGACCAAGCCCGCCUCAAGUGCAGACACGCCUGCGAAAAAGUCCUAUCAUGUGGUCAUGGGUGUGGUUCCUUUUGCGGAGAUCCUUGCGAAUGCCCUCACAAAUGCAACAAGGCUCCCCCAGUCUCGCUGCCCCUUAGAGGCAGGCCUUUGCCACAGGGCCGAGGUGGAAGACCAGGAAACGGGAAUGGCGCUUCACGAGGUGGUAGGAACUUUGGCAACCGAGGUGGCAGAGGCGGACGAGCUCAUCGAGGAGGUCAUACCCAGAACGCGCCAUUGCCUGCCAGAGAUGUCCAUCCCACAGGUGGAAUCCGAGGGCCCGAACCCCAGGUUGUCCACCAAGAGCCUACCAGCGAGGAACUGAUGGAGAUGGGCUACUAUGCCCACAUGUCGCAGGCCGGGCCGAGCGAACCGAGACGGCUGGACAACUCCCAGACGCCGUUUAAGAGCGGUGCCAUCACGUUGACCGAAGACUCGUUGUCGGAGAAGUGGAGCCCGCAGAAGGUGCAGCGACGAGAUGUCAUGCUCCGAGAGGGCAUGAAGCAACAGGGACCGUCUACCUCACGUCCGAUGGAGGUUCGGGUGUCGUUUCGCCAGACAACCAUUGCGGCUGAUUGCACGCGUGUGUGUGGGCGUCCAUCGCACACCAAGUACACGAUCCCAGCGCCGUCGCCGAAGCGAGGUGCUGAAGUAGCUGACAGCGAGGUCAGUGUCGGUGCUGCUAAGCAGCCGAGCAGGAAGCACAUGGUCCUUGAUGCGGCGGCGGGGUUCACGAGUAUGGCAGACUACGCUGGUUCGAGUUCGGCUGAGUCGCAGAGUGGCCAGGGUGAUGGUGAUGGCGAUGAUGGAGAUGAUGACUUGAUUAGUUUUGAGUGA